GGUCACCAGGGGGUCACCAGGUAGACUUAAAGCUGGAGACUUAAUGUUAAUGGAGGACGGUUCACAACAACACGUACAGAAGCCGUUAAAGCGACCGAGAAAGCGAUAAGAGGGGGUUUUAACAGACUGAGAUAUUCAUCACCGGUUGAAGCGUCGGCUUGACGACACCGUACUGAAAAUACAGCUUCUCUGUUCUUUUUAUGGUCUAGUACGUGACAAUGUUUUCAUGAAUUCAAAUGUGACUAAUUUGGAUUGAGUCAUUUGUAGAAAGAAAGAAAGAAAACGAGGGUUUACAAUGUAAGCAUUGAAGGGAUCACAUUUCAAGUUUACAGGUUAGCCAUAGAAUAAUUACCAAAGAUAUCAGUACUUGUCCUCGGUAUAGGAGGAAUUCAUAAAAAUGGGUUUAGAAAGGAUGAAGAAAUGCUGCUUUUGUUGGAACUUGACACAGGGGAGUCUUAUCAGCGCCUUGUACACUGCGCUUGUGUGUUUAGUGUUCAUCGGAAUUUCUGGAGAAAAACUGGGUUCAUAUCACAGCCGAUGGAGGUUUCCGCACGUCCACAUCGGGUUUUACACCGCGGUCCUGUGUUUGUCCAUUGUGAUGUUGGUUGGGUGUGUUAUGUUGGCCAACGGAGUGUCCAGGAAAAGUAAAUACUUCUUGAUACCUUGGAUAUUAUUCGAACCGAUAUGGACUGUCUUGGCACUUUGUGCGGCCGUGGUGCUGCCAUCACUAUACCCAACAGAAGUUGGUAAUCCAGAAGACUUAACCCCGUCCAUUGUUGGCGUUGUGUUUAUGUGUCUAUUGAACAUAUACGCUCUUAUUUGUGUCUGUUUCUUCUACUGGGAACUGUCCAAGGAGCCAGCCAACGCAAAGAACAUGGCCCCUCUUGCUUCAGUCCUCGUCGGUGGGUUCAAAGACGCAGACACGUUGAUAAGGAAAAGUUUCCGUCGCUCCAAAAAGUGGGGUCGCAAUCAAGCGCGCCGCAUCAGCAUGCGAAAACCGCGCAACUGGAUGAAAAAAGAAGGGGAAGGGGCGAAUGCUGAUGGAACACCAAACUCAAGAACGCCGAGAAACCGAACCCCGAGGUCGAUGAACGGUCCCUCUCGCCCCCCAGGUUCAGCUACGCGAGAUGAAGUUGUGGCCAAUGGCGUCGCCGCCCGUUCUCCAACUGAGGAUUCGUAUGCCCCGCCUUCGUACACCGACGUCAGCCGUCAGAAUAUGAGGCCCGAAAGGGGUAACCAGAUUGUCAUGUCCCCUGCUAAUUUGGAUGUGAGAUAUUCCCGAUCUCCUGCCGAACCCCGGGAUCAAUAUGGUGGUUAUAACGCGGCCUCGGUGCAGCCACAAUCCAGAGGUUAUUUUGGAGAUCAGCGUUCUCCAGCUUCGCCUAACGCGUACCAAGGUCUUCAGAGAUCUUCUCAAGAAACAGAUCCACGCAUGCGUGACCAGUAUGCCUCCCUGUCUGGAGCCCAGUCUUAUCAGAACAGAGAUACUUACGAACCACGUGGUUAUAGGUCGCCACAAGGUCAGGGUCAACCACCACGUGGUUACGACACGCCGUCAUCGGGAGGAUCACGAGGUGCCCCACGUGACUAUUCCCGUGGCUCUGGCAGCGCCCCCUAUUACCAAAGGCCGUAUGACUCUCGCACACCUCGGUCAGACGACAGGGCGGCGCUGCAUGCGCCGAGGCAAGCGGCAGAUAGUAGAAGGAGAUUAUAUGAAGACGAGGAUGAUGGAGGAUUUGUAAAUACGGCCUACACCCCUGACACGCCCUCAAAGAAUUUUGCAGAAACUUACAUCUGAGUUGUGUAUUAAAUAUGACUGUAGGGCUACCACAGACCGCGUACUUAGGGAGAUGCACCUUUUGAAGAAAAUUUCGAUUGAAGGAAACAUAUUUGUUUCUUUAAAGGCUACGUUAAGUCGUUCAUGAUGCACAAGUUUUUUUUUUGUUACGCGGUGUUCACAAAAUUAUUUACCAGAUUAUAUACUGGAUUCAUUGACAUUAUUCAGUGAAACCGUAACCUGGUGUCUCCUUUCUCCUGUCUGGCGUGGUUAAACCACCACGCGUUUUGCCAGUGAACUCUUGAAGUUCGCCUCUUCACUAUCUGCACUAUCAGCGCUAACACGCCUCUGUGUUUUUGUCACCGAGGAAAAAAAUUCAGACGCCACGCUGCAAAUUUUAAACAAAAAAAUUCAGCGAGAUUUAUUUCUAAUCCAGUUGUUCACUUGUUUGGCAAAGCUGUAUACGUACGUGUUCCUAAGUGAAAGGCCACCCGUCCAUUUGCAGAUACAAAUGAUCACACCUAUUAAAAUCAGUCAGGCUGUAUACCUACCACUAAUUAACUAUACCAUGUGGCCCAUUUCUUUCAUUGCCGUGACGCAUUCAGGGUUUCCAAUAUGGCGCCGACUAUAUCCGCUCAGGAUUUAACAGACUGAGAUUAAAGUUUGCAAUAACCAAGAUGUUUAAUUAUUCUUGAUAAAGGACCAUGACUUUGAGUCCGUAUUUAAGUGUGGCUAUUUGCUGUUGAAUUCACUGAAGCGAUGUAUUUUUCUACAACCUACGCGUAGCUCUCUCUUUCAGGCCUACCCAACUACCAGACUCGCCACUGAUCGAUUCCGAAUUCACCGGUAGAUCGGACCACACUACCCGUUUUUAAGGUGUGCGUCAGUACGCAUUUCUUAGUAUCAUCCCUCGGAAGAAAAUUUGAGAUGAGAUACACUACUUUCCAACCCCGCUCAGAAUCAUCACUGUAUCACAUCGCGUAGGCCUACUAGCUAUAGACAAGAGCGGUGUCGCGUCUGUUACUUCGAAGCGCGUAUACGUACUGACGCACACCUUGGAAACGGGUAGUGU